AUGCCACCUGCACCUUCCCUAGAAAUGCUGGAUGCUGGCGCUGCAAUCAGCUCCACUCAGUCCAACUCCAGCUCCGGCGCCAGGAAGCCCCGCUCGCGCGUCUCUGCUAGUACUGGCACCGGCACCGGCACCGGUACAUUGGCAGGACCAUCGAAGAGCAAAUUCAGAGACAAGCCGAUGAGCCAAAUUAUUGCACCAUCACCUGUAACGUCUCUGUCGGCGCCAGGUACAUCCGCAUCCGCAUCCGCAUACACUGCUACUGCUUCGAUAGGAAGCUCAGCAAACGCUCCCGUCGACAUGGCUAGAGGAUCUCAAGCUACGUCCAUGUCAAGCACAGGGUUGGCGUCGACGUCCACAGCGGAUGCGGAUGCGGGUGCAGCAUCCGAAACGAGCGAACUUCGCAAGUUCCGCUGUCCCUUUUGCCCCAAAUCUUGGGCGAGGCAAGACCUUCGGGAUAGGCACAGGCGGAGAUGCGCCCGUCGUGCGCUUGCCCCUUCAGAGAGUCGUCGAAGGGCUUGCAAUGCAUGUGCUGUCAGCAAAGUUCAUUGCGAUGAGCAGCGGCCCUCUUGUGGGCGAUGCGCUGCGCGCGGAGAACAAUGCGAAUGGCCUCUAGCCGUGGUCAUGCGCACCCUGAGGGAGCAGCAAGAAAGAGCCAGUGCUCGCGCUCAAGGCUUGCCUCUUGACGUCAAUGAGCGAAAGGCGAGCCAAGGUGCAUACUUUGCCGGUCCAAGCGGAGCAUCGCCGUCCGACAGGGAGCGUCGCAAAGUGCGACCUCGGAUGACGGAAGGCGCCCUUCCUGCCGCAUGCUUGCUGCCACUACGUGCAGGCACGUCGGAUCUUGUUGGAACAGACUGGCAGGUACCGACGGGAUUGCCUGGCGCAAGUAGCUGCGCAAGUUCAUUCUGCGAGGACGCUCGAUCACACUCUGGAUCCGCGUCGGGAGGCGAUUCUGAAGCGAGCACAAGCGUCGCAUCCAGCAGCGGCGGCGGCGGCGGCGGCUUGGGAGAUUCUGCCACGCAUCCGCACGCGCAGUUGCUACCGCAGGCUUCAGCUGCUAAUGCGCAGUUGGACGACGCUUUCAACGCUUUCAAUUCGGUCUGGAUGGCUAUGCAAUUCGAGGGGCAAAACCUGAACACUAGCCCCCACAACGAACAGUCGAAUACUUCCCCCUCUGUCGGCUUGUCUCGUUUUACGCCGAUUCAUGGCAACCCGCACUUUGCCUUCUCGGAGCCAGAUGUUCGAAUCUCAGACGCGAUUCCAAUGUCUCCAGCACCGCAAUCUCUCGUCUUGCUCCAGCCAUCCUCGCGCUCUCCACGCUCAAACCACUUAACCUCUCAUCCCACGCCGCCCGACCAGAGUCGGCAGCAGCAGCAGCAGCGGCAACCAGAUGCCCUUCAAAUUGCUCCGGGUGUCUCGACCGUCCCCACACCUCCGCAUCUACACGAACAGUCUCAGUCAGCGUUUGGUCUGCGAGGCGACGUUGCUCAAGGCCUGGAUCAGUUCUUCUCUUCCAUGGCCUCGUCCGUCCCUUCAGCCUCUGCGCCCUAUCCGCACGCGAUGACCAUGGCGCCGGCCAUGAAUCCGUCACCUCGACUCUCUCAGAACGCCGCUCAUCAGGUAUCAGCUGGUCGAACCAAUCCCGCCGAGCCAUUGUCCGAGACCAGCUCGUCUGCUUCGCGUCAGACAUGGCAGACUCCUCGAGCGCUUGCCAUUCCGCGCACCUUGUCCACUGCUGGUAUCACGCUCUCCCUCAUUCGAAGCCUUGCAGCCAACUUCAUCACCUCUUUGGUCUGCACGCUACCGCCUUUCAUUCAUCCGAAACUCUACAAGCCCGAUCCCUCAGAAGCGGACAGCCACGCCUCAUCUCCUGGAUCUACCUUGCCAUCCGGCAAUUUUCGCCGGCACGCGUCUCAAGCUCGCUCUCAGUCAUUCUCGCCGAUGGCAACAAGCUCUAAUCGCUCGACUUCCAGCGGAACGGCGAAAAGCGACGCGAGAGAAGAGCAGGUGCCCUACUUGCCACCACCCUUGUUCUGCGCUCGCAAAGUAGCGACGCUCUGCUUGGGAGCCAAGACGAAGGCGGAGGCAAACUUUGCAUUCGAUGUGCUAGAUCUAGCUCGCACCCGUCUUUUCGACUCCGAUCCUAACCGCGUAAUGGACCUCGAGCGUCUGGCAAAGACCCAAGCUUUGCUCGUCUUUCAAAUACUCACGCAGCUCUGGGGAGGUCAGAAACAUAGAUCCAUCGCUUGCGCCAGGCAGCGAGACCUCAUCGAGGCAGCUGCGGGCCUCGUCGAGAGCGGCGUCUGCAAUGCCCCUUCUGAACCGAACAAUUGGUCCGAGUGGCUCGUUGCAGAAAGCAAGAGGAGGACCGUCUUUGCAUUUGUGCUGCUAGAUGUGCUCAUCGCCGUUUCGAACAGCACUACGCCUCUCACUUGCACGAGGAUUUUGGACGUACCCCUGCCUUCGCCUUCGCCCUUGUGGUCCGCACCCAAUGAGAGCACGUGGCACGCCGCAUGCGUCCCAACAAUCCCCCAUCCAAACUUCAACGAGGUGUCGAAGAUCUUGGAUACAGAGGAGAAAGUCAAAUCGCCCAGCGCCUUCGAAAGGCAAUCGAGCGCAUCAUUUGUCAACAUCGAUGGCCCAAUGGCGCCCACUGGGAAAUCGAUCCUCGAUGGUUCCGCCUCUCCGCCUUGUGCCACCUCUCUCGAUGCCUUCGGUACGCACGUCAUGCUCACCAUCACCAGCUUCGACUUUCGAGAUCAAAUCUCUGUGGCCGCCUGA